GCCAAGUUGUGUUUGCGCUGGUUUUCGACUGAUAUUCUGUUUUCAUUACCAUCUCCGGUCAGUAGCAGAUUUUGAUAAUGCGUUUGUAAAGUGAUAAAAAAAGAAAAGUUGUUUAAUAAAUAAAAUAUUCUGAAUGAAAGUUGAGUUGCUUUGGUGUAAAGAAGUUAUGGCCAUAAGAAUCGGUUAAUUUUGCUGUGAAAGUUGGCAGAUAAUAGCUGAAAGUGCUUAAUAAGAAAUUUUCCUAACAAGAGGGUGGAUUUUCACUUCUCCACUUUUCUCUUCAACUGCCUGUGUUUGUUGUAUCAAAGUUCGUUGAUUGAGUUUUUUGUGCGAAAAAGUAAAGUGCAAAACGCAUACAAAGUGAAUUAAAAGCAGAUGAAAUUGUGUUCUUAAAAUUAUGGUUAAAUAUCUUCGCCAUUUUUAAUAAUAUAAAAAAGUUUAAAGUUAACAAAAUGUUUAAUAUAAGAAUUCGACACUUUUACAAGUAAAUCACAUUCGGUAGUGUUUAAAAACAAAGCCAAAUGAAAUCGGUAUAGAGAAGAUAUAAAAAUAACUAAGGAGCAAGGCAUUUAAAUUACAAGUUUCCGCCGCAGACGCGUUCGUCCAGUUCGAAAAGAAGUUGGAUACGCCAAGCGGUUGGGCCAAACACACAAAAAAGCGAGAAAGAAAAACGGCUACCAGUCAAAGCGCUUACUUAAACGGCAACAAAGACGAUAACAGUUGGAAGGGCACAGAAGGCCACUAGCCUGACUGGCAACUACAGCCUCAACGCAAUAGCCAACAACGACAAUCCCCUCCGUUGUUGCACCGCCAACAUCUACUCUUUGAGUUUCCGGUAAAUCCUGUUUUGCUGGCGUGCAUUGCUGCGCUCCAGUUGCGCUCCACUUGACUUUCGCCGCAAAAAUUCUGCACAAAUUGGGUAAGAUGUCGACGCGCUCCCAGUUGACGAAGGAUUUAAACGAAAGCGUUAAAUCCAUACUGGGCCGUCACACAAAAAUUCUGGUCAAGUAUAUGGUUAAAUUGGAGACGAAAGGUGACAAAACCGAAAACCGUGUUUUGGUUUUUACGCCAGUUCGUAUUUAUUUGCUAAUCGCAAAGGUGCCCACAAAGAUCGAAUGUCACUUUCACUACUUGGACAUACAGGCAGUGGAAAGCAAAAAGUCAACACACUUCUCAAUCAUCACAAAUGAUCGUCCGUAUUCAUUUGCAACGAGCUUCGAUGCGGGUAGCUUCAGUGCGAACGCUGACGUUAUACUCACCGAUUUGGCAUCGGCAAUUAAGCACAUUUUCCCAACAGUUCCUCUCAAGUACAUCAUAAGAAAAAUCGAUAUUCAACCGCCCGAACGUGAGGUUGUUUUCUCCGAGGAGUUUCGUCCCACAGACCCACGCAGCGUUGGCCCAUGCGGUGGUUUCAGCACACAAUAUGCUUGCAUGUGUGAUUUCCAUGGCGUGCCCUACAGAGAGGAAGUCGCUUGGGAUAUCGAUACGAUUUAUUUAUCCCACGAUACACGCGUGCUGAAUUUACGUGAUUUCGAUCAUUUGGAACCAAAAGACUUAAUGGCCAUUGUGUCCGCAUUGGAGUAUAACACAUUUUUUCGCGGUCUGAAAGCAUCACAUAUGCGCCUCUCCAAUGAGACUUUGGAGCGCAUUCUACACGUGCUCAAGCGUUCAAUGUGGCUGGAGGAGCUGCAUUUGGAGGCGUUAGGUUUAAGAUCGGAUUUUCUGCAUAAAUUAGCUGUAUCUGUGAUUACAAACAACAAUCCCGCAAUACGUACGAUCGAUUUGAGUCAUAAUUUAAUUGAGGAUAAAGGAGCAAGCUCAUUGUGCGCCCUACUUGGAAAAAUUGUGCAAGGUGCUAUCCACUUGGCCGGUCCCAUUGCCAAGGUUUCGAAAGGUCUUUGCAAGCUGGCGCUCGCUCAUUGCGGUCUAACAUCGAAGGGCGUGAAUCAGAUGUCGCACUCAUUGUCGCUGAAUCAAAGCAUUUCCAAUUCACUCACACAUUUAGAUUUAAGUGGCAAUAGUCUCAAGGACGACAUAACAAAUUUACAUAAUUUUCUUGCACAACCGAAUGUUUUGGAACAUUUGGAUCUCUCAUCGACUGAUAUAACAUUGGAGAAUUUAUUUGGUGCCCUUUUACGCGGUUGUGCAACGCAUUUAGCUCACUUAAAUGUUUCACACAAUUCUUUUAGCACAAAAAAAGGCAAAGAGAUACCGCCAUCGUUUAAGCAAUUCUUCACGAGCACAUUGAGUUUAAAACAUUUAAAUAUUGCCGGUUGUAAACUGCCAAUGGAAGCGCUCAAAAACUUACUGCUCGGUUUAGCCUGCAAUGAGUCCACAGCUGGGCUGUAUUUAGAUUUAAGUAGCAAUACGUUAGGUGCCCAGGGCGCGCAUGUUUUGGAAUCAUGCAUACAUGGUGUACGAGUUUUACAAAGUUUAGAUAUAAGUGACAAUAAUUUGGAUGCCGAAUUAGCUCCCGUUUUAACAGCGAUUUCGAAAAAUCCCUCAAUACGUACGCUUUACAUGACACGCAGCCUGACCGGCAUGAAAUUGAAACAUAUUCCCACCGUUAUGGACGCGCUCGUGAAUCUGAUACAAAAAGACGAUUUCCCAUUGGCUGAGUUGGUGAUCUCCGAAAAUAAGUUGAAGAAUGAUAUACACGACUUCAUUAAUGCCCUUGGCAGUAACCAAAGUUUGCAGAAACUAGACAUUAGCGGCAACUAUAUGGGCGACGUCGGUGCGCGCCUGCUCGCCAAAGCUCUGCAAAUCAACAACAAACUGCGCACAAUUUACAUGGACAAGAACAACAUAACACCGCAGGGUUAUGGCGACAUCGUCUACGCUUUGGAAAACAAUCACAGCAUGCGCACCAUACAAUAUCCGGUUUUCGACAUCACACCACACAUGAAAAACCACCCGGAGAAGACCGAUGCGAUUAUGCGCAAAAUGCAAGAGCUUCUACAGCGCAAUUGCAAUGGACUCAAGCGCGCUAACGGACAGGGAUUCCGAUUGCAACAUGGUUUCAUGCUUUCCUCAACACAUCAGCUGGUCGAUAAGCUCGUGGCCGAAACACAAGAUAACAUCUCGGUGGCUAAGGGUAGCGAUUCGUCGGCAGUGCAGCGACUGAUCGAUGACGCCGAGAACUGCAAACAAUUAAUGCCAAAAUUACAGGAGGCUGUGCGUUGUGAAUCGCAUCCGGUGGAAAUAAAGCUUACACGCAUCGCCAGUGAUCUCAGCUACACCAUACAGGGUUAUCUGGAGGAAACAUUGGAGACCAUGCUGCGCACGGCUGUCGAGCAGUGUCCCAAAACAUUGGGCAGUCAAAUGGUCGUGCAAGACUUGCGCAAAGCGCUGAGUGAGCGUCUACAAAUACCGGAAGAUUUUCUACAGAGUUGUUUGCUGAAUAAUGCCGGCAGUGAGAUCAUGAAUAAAGUGGGUGAAAUCGAACAAUCAUUGGCCGCAUCCAUCUCUGACCGCGCCACUGACGAGGUGUUGGAGGCGCUCACACGCUAUCGGCGCGGCCUGGGCAUUGCCGAUUCACCAUCUGUUCUGCUCGAUGAGCCGCAAACACCUGAUAUUGUGCGCAGCCGUUCGAGUCAUGAUGCGGAUGGCCUGAUAAUACGCCCCGGACGUGGUUCCGUCUUACCGAAAAUGGGUCUGGAAUCCCCCACUAAAUUGGAAUAUCUGAACCUUGCUACCCCACACAUGCCCACCAAGCGUCGUUCGGUGGCGCGCAAAGUGCGUCCUCAGUCCGUCGUGGAGAACCUCAGCUUGGGGCACAUACCCGAUUUGCUUGAGUCACCUUCUUCACAUCGCUCCUCGUCACAGCUAUCGCCACGUGAUUCGAAUGGGAUGGGCGCCAGUAUUGCCGGCACCACUACAGGGGGUAGCGGCAACGGCUUGGAUGAUUUAGGUGGUGAUGAGUGCGGCGACUCAAUAACUGAACUGCCCAGCGCCUCAUUUCAAUUGCAACAUCUGGUUAAGGGACGACCGAAACGCGCCAAGACGCGCGCACCAACGCGGCCGUUGGUUGCGGUGGACAAUAGCGCCGGCCCGAGCACCAAAGAGAUAGGCGAGGGCUUGGAUUUAUUCUUUCGUCCCGGUUCGGUGACGCCUACCACGUUGACGCCGCUGAUUUCACCCACGUCCGAAGAGUGCAGCUCACUAUCGUUUGUCGAUAGUCCAACAAUGAGUCGUGAUGGCAACGGUCAUCUGACAUCCGAAGAGACUACACCCAUAUUGGAGGAGCGCAGACCCAUUAAGCUGGAUCGGCAGUCACCAUUGCUCAAGGGCGUGCCAUGGACCACACGUUCGCGUUCGACAGACAAUUUGGAAAAAUAUUCACCACUAAUUGGCCGUAAAUCGCCGCUGGUGAAAAUGCGUACUGAAGGUGGCAGCGUUGCGGCGGGUGAUGAGCCCAAUUCAGCGCUAAAAGCUCCGGAACGUGAGAAUAAAAUGCGUUCGCCAAGCAGUGAUUCGAUACGUAGCCACACCGGUGGCGAUGGCAUCAGCAUUAAGACCACUAAUGGUAUUAUACGCACACCAAUAAUACUACAAAAGCCACGUCCCUGGUCGGUAGUAGGAAAUGAACCCAAAGCGCCUGGUGCUAACGAUUUCCAAAGCAGUGACUCUAGUAAAACGACGCCGGAAAAGCUCGAUGAAGAUGCUGAAUCCAUACCGUUUAGUCAGAGCAGCAACAAUGUUGGCAGUGCGCCAGGUCCCACAUUGGAGAAAAAAUCUGUAAGGGAGCUUGCAGCAGGCUUAAGCCGCUUGGAACUUCCAAUGAAGCCACAAGUGUUGCCGAGAACCCUGCUCACCGGCGCAUCGGCGAUAUCCAAGUCAUCGUCGACCUCGCACAUCACCAGCACGAACAGUAGUAGCAUUAGCAGUAGCAAUAGUGCGAGCAGUCGAAGUAGUAGCACUACUACAACAACAACAAUGCUGCAAACGCAGCGCAUGAGAAUAACAAGUAAUAGCAGUAGCAGCAGCAGCAGCUCUACCACAACAACGACGAAUACCGCAUCGUCAAAUGCGACAAACGGCAAUGAGAAUCACGAAACAUUGCUCACUAAAACAGUUAUCACGGAAAACGGCAACGGCAGCAGCAGCAGCAGUUUCAUAACCAACGAAAUCAUUAACAUACGUAACGGCACCAACAGCUGCAGCACCGCCACCACCCACAAUCGCGAUAGCACCAACACAAACGCAAGCGAAAGCAGCAAUGUGGAUCGGCUGAGCACUGGCAGCAAUGCCUCUAGUUUGGGUAUACCCAUUGGUGGCUUUAAGCGAAUUGCGGGCAAAGAGAUUUCCGCUUUAUUCGAGGAGACAUUAGUUGAAGGCCUACAACGCUCUUCGACUCGACGAUUAUUUAGAGACACACAAUAUACAAAAGAAGAUGUUGUUGAUUUGUGAGACAUUUAAAAUAAAUAAUUUUCAAAAUAAAAUACAGAACUGCAGCGUAGCAGAUGCAUCGACAGCAGCAAUAUGUGGUAGUAAUAUUGAUUUAUGUAGCAAAAAAACAGUAGAAAAGAACUUAAUAUAAGAAAAAUUAUUUAAAGGAAGACAAAAUAUUUAAAGGAAGAACAAAUCACAUUGUCGCGUGUUUUUUAUUUUGUGUGUUUAAAUGUCAACUACGAAACAAUGCGCAUGGACAUGGACUAAAGCCAAUAACAAAUACGAAAUUAGAAUUAAAGAAUUAAAGUGAAAACAAAUUUUUAGAAUUCCAUGCGAUCGGUUGGUCUAAAAUUGUUUAUAUUUAUUUUCAAUUACUUCGCGAUUUGUGCAAUCUUCACAAGCCUUAUUUUGUAAAAUUGAUCAAUGUUUUUUAAAUUAUAUUUAUAUUUUACUAUUUUUAGUUGCAUUAAUGAUAUAUUAUAUUUCCCGAUUUGCAAUUGGAGAAUAUUUCAAAUAUAAAUUAAAAUUUUAUAUAAUGUGUAUAUGAAAAAGUGUUUAUAAACUUGUAUUUACGUUCUCAUUUCUAUCAGUUUAUCUUAACUUCGAUAUUGGAGCGUUAUGUGCGUGGUUUAGUUUUUAGUUUAUGUAUAUAUUGAAUAUGCUGUGUUUCAUAUUUCGACUUGAACUAACAUUUACAAUAAAUUAAUAUUAAAAUAAAGAAUUAUAAGGUGUGUGUGUGCGCGCGUUUUAUAUUUUACUAAACUUGUACGUAUUUACAUAUGCUGAUAUACAUUUCUAAUUACCCAAAUAUGUAUGAAUAUGUAUGUAUUGAUUUUAAGUGCCAAUCAUAUUUUAUAAACAAAUAAAUAACCUACAUAAAGGGAAUAAAUAAAAUAUGAAAAUUUGAUGAACAAACACUGGCUAUUUAAAAUAAAAAAUGAAAACUAUGUGGUAACUAAAAGAAGAUACUUUUUUCAGAAAUGUUUUUAGUAAUAAAUUUUAUGUGCAAAUACGCAUUACACAUAUAUAUUUUUAUAACUGCUUCCAUUCAAUUGCAAUAAGUUUCUGCACUUGUUUUAAGUCUGACAAACUUUCCAAACUGAAUUUGUAUUUUGGGAGCUUAAUGGAAUAAUGUAAAUUUUUAAAACCUCAGAAGUGGAGUGCUUUAGUAACUAGUCGUAAUUGGAAGAAUUCAGAAGAAAAUAUUGCUUUUACCACUUACUUUUUGUUCAUAAAUUUUGCUUGAUUAGUGAAGUUUAUUUUCUUCUAAAUAUAAAUAUUAUUAGAACGAUAAAAUGACAAUCUUCAAAUGCAUUUGUGGGAUAGAAAGCGUUUGCUUUUAAUUUCAUGUUAAGCCAGAAUUGUGUUCCAGAUUUAUUUAUUUGUACAAAUAAAUCAACGACAUAUACUAUCUAUCAAAAUUUUUUACAAAAAAAAAUAGAAUCACUUAUUAUCCGUAAACAAUAUGUUAAUCUAUAUGCCACAAUUAACAAGACAGAAAUAAUGAAAAAAAAGUUUACGAAAUUUAAUACUACGAAUUUGUCACAUAGAGAAAUGUAAACUUCAAA